AAUCUCGUGUUUAUGUCGGACAUGCGGAAUCGAGUCAGUGCGCGGUAUUCCGUCUAACCAGCGACGGUACGCAACUCCAUUCGUUCGUUUGGAUCGCGAAAACGUAGAAUAAAAUCGGUGGAAAAUUUUCUUCGGUCGAUAUUUCGAAAAACGAUCACAGUUUCAUUAGCCACGAGUCGUUUUCUGACGGAUCGUGUUUAUAUCGCGUGGAAAAUACACGAAAAUAUCAAAUCUGACGACUACGAUAAAACAUCGCAACCGGAAAUACGCUGUCGCAUAUAAGUACGUUCGGGCGACGAAAACGACGUGUUCGUUGCGUUGACGAUAGAGAAAAAAAAUAUAACGGAACAGAAAGUAAAUUGUAGCGUGAAGCGUGAUCCUGAAAAAGUUAGCCGCGUGAUCGAGCAUAAUUCCAGGUGCUAAAUUUAAAUGUGUUGCCUCGAUCCCCUUGGGUUAUUUCGCCUAGGUUGGCUGCGCUCGAACGGCUCGCUAGCGAACCUCUAUCGUCAGCCCUGCCGGCAGUGGUAUCGGUGUUGAUCGUUGUUGCCAGGUAUUAUACGUGAAUCGUGGUCGCCAUUGCCGGCGGUAGCGGCAUUGGUGUGAACACGAACACACAUCGCCUGCGCGAUCGCGAGCUUACCACCACUACGCGAGUCAGUCGACGGUCUGCCGGCGAGCAGUGCGGACGCGUCGUGGAAGGUUUGAAGUUGUCGUUGCCCGCAAAUAUUUGCUGGCACGACCGCGAUUUCGCCCCACCGUCGGUGCCACGGUAACGCACGGCUCCCGCGGACAGAACCACUUCCCCUCUGCCCGGCCCGACGACCCUCCCUCCCUCGACGGUUACCCGGUGUUCUACCAGCGCCGCGGCGGUUCCCCUCUAUUGAUCGAAUUUGACCUGCGAAGUUUCCCCUAGCGUGUGCGGUAGUGGCGGCCGGCAGUGGCUCUCGCGCUUACGUUCCUCGGUUAGUGCGGUAAAUAAUCGCGAUACCUCGGCAUGGCUACUCCGACCGCUUGCACGCGGUUUAGUGACAACUAUGACCUCAAGGAGGAACUGGGCAAGGGUGCCUUCUCGGUGGUUCGACGAUGCGUACAGAAGAGCACCGGUCACGAAUUCGCCGCGAAGAUUAUAAACACGAAAAAGCUGACGGCAAGAGAUUUUCAAAAGCUCGAACGCGAGGCACGAAUAUGCAGGAAGCUGCAGCAUCCAAAUAUUGUGAGAUUACACGACAGCAUACAGGAGGAAAACCACCAUUACCUCGUCUUUGACCUAGUAACCGGCGGCGAACUGUUCGAGGAUAUCGUGGCGCGAGAAUUCUACAGCGAAGCGGACGCGUCUCAUUGUAUCCAACAAAUCCUGGAAAGCGUUCACCACUGCCAUCACAAUGGAGUUGUGCACAGGGACCUGAAACCCGAAAAUUUACUCCUCGCAAGUAAGGCGAAGGGCGCGGCUGUGAAAUUAGCGGACUUCGGAUUGGCGAUCGAGGUGCAGGGUGAAGCACAGGCAUGGUUCGGUUUCGCCGGGACGCCGGGUUACCUCAGCCCGGAAGUACUCAAGAAAGAACCAUACGGCAAGCCAGUCGACAUCUGGGCGUGCGGUGUCAUUCUUUACAUCCUCCUGGUCGGUUAUCCACCAUUCUGGGACGAGGAUCAGCAUCGAUUGUACGCGCAGAUCAAGGCCGGAUCAUACGACUAUCCAAGCCCAGAAUGGGACACCGUCACGCCGGAAGCCAAGAACCUAAUCAAUCAGAUGCUGACGGUGAACCCGAGCAAAAGGAUCACCGCCAGCGAGGCACUGAAGCACCCGUGGAUCUGCCAACGUGAACGUGUCGCGUCCGUCGUCCACAGACAAGAGACUGUGGAUUGCUUGAAGAAAUUCAACGCAAGGCGCAAAUUAAAAGGCGCUAUUCUGACGACCAUGUUGGCGACGAGGAACUUUUCCAGUAAGUAUGAUGCACAGGGUCGGAGCAUCAUCACGAAGAAGGGCGAUGGCUCUCAGGUGAAGGAAUCGACCGACAGCAGCACAACGAUCGAGGACGAUGACGUGAAAGAGGAUAAGAAGGGCGUCGUCGACCGGAGCAGCACGGUCAUUGCCAAAGAACCCGAAGCUGGCAGCGCAGGAAGUGCUAGCAGCAGUGGUAGCAGCAGCAACAGCCAGAACAGCCAGACUGGCGCUUCACCAUCCUCGCCAGCGGCCGUCUACAUCGGCAACAACCACGUGGCGACGCCCAUGGUAUCGUCGCGACGCUACGACUCAUCGAACAACGAACUGGAGAUUCGACGCGUGGGCGGUUCUGGAUAUAUGCCACUCGGUCAAGCCGAGUGGUGCGACCCAGAAGAUGGUAAGAAGAACACCAACGCCGGUAAGGUCGCUGAGAAGUCGAAAAAUAAGAUGGACGAGGAAGCCUGCUCGAAGCUUAAGCGGUGUUGCUUGUUGUCGUGAAGUUUUUCGAGUCUCGCGACGCUGCACGAUCAAAUAAUAAAACUUUUAUCACCACCGAGAAGAUUUUUCUUCGAUUCUUUCACUUUGUCCAAUUUUUUUUUCGCUUCUUCGAGAUUCUUCUACCUUUUCAAAAGUAAUUAAGAUCCGUUCAAGCUCGAAUAAUCGUGUAGUCGGUAGGAAAAAUUUGUGUAUUUUCAUUCAUUGCGAGAAGACGAAUGUUUAUGCAAAUUUAUGUCUUUGUGCAUAAUAAAGAAAUGGAAUCGUCAUAAUGUCGUAACGAAUACUACGUUUUCAAUAUUUUACGUAUUUUUGCCUAGCGCAUGUGUUGUGUGCGUUUUCGUUUUGGAAUCUCUUAAAGUAAAUACAUAAUUUACCGCAGUUUAAUUAUAACAAAUAGAAAGACAAUUUUUCGGAUUGUCUUGUACAGAAGACAUAACAGUAAAAUCGAAGACUAGUUUUAACAUAUCAAAGUAUUAAGUAUGCAACAUUGUGUAUACUCGACAUCGAGUGUGAAAUGGUUAAAGAAGAAUCGAAGAUGGUUUUUUUAAUUUGAAUAUAGACACCGACUUAGAGAAAAAUUUGUUAAAUAUAACUAUUGAAAACUGUUAGUGAAAGAUCAAUUUUGUAGAAGUUUCUGAGAAUCGUACGGUGUCGCGAACAGGCUCUCCGCAUGUCUCUUGUUUUGCUUUUUCAAAAUCGUUCCUUUUUUGGAUAUUCCCAGUUUAUGGAUGCCAUAAUUUUUUUUCUUAGUAGACCUCGUUGAAUUGAUCCGUGACACGAUAAAAUUAUCCUUAAUUUCCUCCAUAGAUCUUUAAUAGAAUUAUACGUAAUAAUCCUUAGACUGUUGUCAAUGAUUGACAAAUUAUUAAUAAUAUUAAUUAUUAACAUCAAUAAUAAUAUAAUUAUCAAUAAUUCUAAAGCUCAUUUAUGAGAAUUGAAGUCAAAAUUUCAAUUUUCAUCGUGUCAUGGGGUUUCUGUCGCGAGUAGUCACAGUUUUAUUUUGGACGGCAUCCCGCAAGUAGUAAGUAUCGAUUUUGAUCGGACAAGGAGCACAUCGACAGGCACGCAACGUCGUGGAGGGACGUCUCGCAGCGUUUGACCUUCGUACUACUAGAAUCUUCGUGAAAAAUUAAUAAUCCCGAUAUUCUAAGAUACUUCCUCCUCCCUUUUCUUACAUCGAACAAACACACGCUCUGACAAUCGUCGUUGUACGAGACGGAGCAUGCGAACCGAACAGAAUUCUCGCGAAUCGAAAUUGUCUUUGUGCGUCCCUCAUUACUCGCCCUGUAUUAUAUAUCGUCGUAGAAUUUAAUGCGCAAGCAGGCGCCCGUAAAAUAUCAUUUCCCCAUAAAAGAAAUGUUAAAACGCUUUACAAAUAUAUUUUGUUAGUACUAAAAUUCACACUGAAGGUUAAAUAGAUAUUAGAUGAUUUAAAAGAAGGUUAAACAUUAUUUAUUGAAAUAAUUCUUUGAAUUGUUCACAGUAAUUAUUUGCUGUAUCCUACUUGUAGACAAAUUGUAGGCACGUUAGAGAUUUGUAGAUUUUUAAUUUUGACAACUAAAUGAUAUUAAACACGCGAGGAAAUAUUUUCAUUUCUUUUCGAUGCUCAAUUUGCCUGAAAAAUACCUUCGACAAUAAUGAAGAGUUUUAUAAACUUUGAUAUUAGGUGUAAUUAUCAUCGAUCGAUUUAGGAAACAUCCUAUGUCAAAUCCAAGUCCACUGAAAAAUAAGUAAAAAUUCGUUUAAAUUACUUCGUAAAUGAAGCACCUUGUACCCUUUCGCAGUAAAUUUAAUUCUAUUAAUUUAAAUAUAAUUUCGAUUAAUGCAGAAAAUAUUCUUCGUCAAAUUCGAAUGCAUUAAAGGGUCGUCAUCGAUCAAAUGUUAUUGACAAGGAAAAAGUAUUAUUAAGGGUUAGGCAAUAAAUCAUGAAAUAUACCAAAAGAUCGACAUAGAAAUGAUAUUUUACCCGCGUAGAAACAUUAAUUAGGCUGUCGCCCACGCUAUAAAUCCACGUGUAAUCCAUGUGUAGGCGCAAACUGUGAACGUACCAAUAAACUUGUGAAACCCGAUACGUUGUGUUGUAUGAGAAACGAAACGAAUUAUCGGACAGGCUUCGUAGUUAAUUACAUUACUUUAAGCUAGUCUGCUGGUAGAAGAAUGUUUUUUUUUAAUGGGCAGCAGUCUCUCGCCUAACAAAUUACUUUCCUUUUUUUGUUAAAAAGAUACAAAUAAAAAACGAAUGUCGUGCGUAGGAGGUGCAAGUUAUAAAUGGUUCGAAGCUUCUACUUUUUUAUUGGACGCUUCUCGUAACAUACAUAUAGUAUGCAUAUGAGGACAAUAUGCUUUUAUCGUCGUAUUGGCGAUGCUGUAAAAGCUACGUAUCUCGUUCUGCGUAUCUAUCUUCGUUUCCAUUGUGUCGUUGUUUCUGUAUCGAUUACUUUUUAUUUUUCUUUCUUUUUCUUACGCUCCGAAGGUGAAAGAAACCUGAUAUAUUAUAUCUCGCGUGCACAUCUGCAUUACGUGCACGCGUAUAAGGUGAUUCAUUGACAAUAAUUGGAAUUUUAAAAAGGGACGAAUCGUGUGAAACGUAUGUCUGAUCAUUGACAAUCUAAUACUACUUCGAAAUCGAUUUCUUACUUUCUUUUGUUAUAUUUUCUCAAUCGAAUUUAAAUUCCUUAUUAUGUGUUCUACAUUUAAUACGCGUUAAUUAUUAUGAAGUAACUUUUUCAUAAAUUUUGAAGUACAUGAAUAUUUGCCAAAAUUUGUAUUUCAAUGGAAAAACUUAAUAUCCUUGUUCUACGGCAAUUUUAUUUUAUAAUAUCCUACAAUAAUAUUAUAAAAUAAUAUUGCAUUUUAUAAUACUAUCGUAUUACUACUCUAAUAGUACAAUACGUCACUUUCUAUAAUGAUAUUAUAGAAAAUUAUACAAAAAAAAAUUCUUAUAUUAAAUAUUCUACGACAUUCUGUAAAAUUUUCUUCCAAAGCUAGUCAUUCAAAUAAUGUCGAUUAAUAAUUAAAUCGAUGAAUCACCUACGGUGCAUCGUAAGAUACUAACAAUGGCUUACAACGACCGUUUGCGAUAUCAUCGUUUCAAUCACUAGAAUCGAGCGCACCGAUUCCUCAGCCAAGUUGAUCGCGCUUACUCGAGCGUAACGAAAAUCGCGCGUGUCAAAUGCGUUCGAGAAUUCCUUCAAAAUCAACGCGUUGCGUCACGUCGUCUUAACGUGGCACAGUGUCAGGAAAAGAAGCUUACCAAAAGCAAAAAUGAAAAUCUGUCGCGAAAACGAUAAUCUCGAAAUACCAGCGAGAACGAAGAAUCUCAAAGGCACGUUGCAAUGAAUGACAAGAGGGAAGAAGUUGCAGCAAGAAGAGCAAAUGCUUUCAAGGACGAGAUGGGACCUGAGGAGACGGUUAAUCCUCUUGCGCGGGGAUUAAGCUCCGCGACGUUUUUCUUUUUCUCUCAACAUCAUUCUCUCAACAUCAUUUAAAAAACACAAAAUCAUAAAAAAGUAAGAAACAAAAGCAGGAAAAAUAUCAGUAGUGUUCGAAUCGACAAUUCUUUGCAAUUAUUCUUUUUCUGAAAAAAAGGAAAAAGAAAAAACUGAGAAAAAAGAACGAGAGAUACCCCAAACGGAUAACAUGAUCGACAAAACCGGAAGUAAUCGCCCCGCGGACCUUAAUCUUCCGCGAAAUCACGCUUGAAACACGCAGGAAGAAUUUUGCUGCGAUAAACGAGCCGUAUAAUUGUUAAAAGUAAAGAAAAAAAGAAAGCAAAUAAGAAAAGCACACAUGUUUAAGAAAAAAGAAGGGUAUCUAUAUAUAAAUAUGUGUAUGUAUAUAUUAUAUAUAUAUUGCUUGUAGAAAUAAGAAUCGUGUGUCCUAUCAAGACCUGCAGCCAGCUCUCGACGAACUCCCAGUGUUCAG